AUGCCUAUUAGUGGCUUUUGCUUUGUGUGCAAUAGAUCCAUCAAGGAAGAUGAACGUAUCCAGUGUGAUUUUUGGCUUCAAAAGGAAAUUAUUGAUCUUAAAUCCGAAAUCAGUGAAAUAAAGAAAUUAACAAAAACGCAAGGUGAAUUAGCAAAUGAUACUGAUGAGGUUCAUGGUCAAAGUAAUCGUAUUUUUACUGAUGAUCAAUUGCUGGAAGAGUUUGAGGAAAGGCAACGACAACACGCUCCGAAAUCCAAACUCGAAAAUCGAGAGAUAUCGAGCGUCAAAAGCGAAAGAGAAGUAGUAGAAAACAAAGAAGUGAAGUGGAAUAAGAGUAAGAAGCACCAAGAAGCAUACACAGGAAGCAAGAAAGUCGGCCAGGGAAUGCUAAACGGGAAUCCUGAACCGGAAAAAGGACACAAACUAGCAAUAGAAGAACAAGACAACCAGAAACGAAAAAGAGAAACCUCCUUUUCACCAUCACCGGAAGGUCAAAGAGUACAGAGGAAGCAGAAGAGGGUACAAGCAGGAGACAUGGACGAAGUAAAGAAUAUGUUCAAAACGUUAAUGGAGGAAAUCGCAGAAAUGAAAAGAGACCAAAGAGCAUACCAAACAGAAGUAACAACACUAAGAGAAGAAAACCAAAGACUGACCGAAAGAUUAGAAAGAGUGGAGCAACACUUAGAAAAACUGGAAAAAGCAGAAAGGAGAAACAACAUCGUAAUCAAAGGAGGGAAACUACAAGGAAGCGAAAUAACAGCAGAGGUUGAAGAACUCCUAAAAAAUAAGGUAGGAAUCCAAACUAAGAUACAAGACCCAAGAUUAGUCAGCGAAAAAUACGACAUAGUAGUAGCAAAGAUAGAGAACUGGGACACAAAAAGAGCAAUCAUGAAACAGAAGAACAAAUUAAAAGGAUCAAAAACGUUUAUUGAAGGCGAUUACACCAAACAAGAGAGCGAGAUACAGAAGAAAAUAAGAGGAAUAGCAGCAGCAGAAAAAGGGAAAGGAGUCGAGGCAAAAGUGGGGUACAAAAAGAUGAUAUGGGCGGGAGAAGUCUGGCAUUGGGACACUAAAUUAGACAAAUUAGUGAAAGCACCGUCGCACCCCAAAGAAAAUCCAAAAAACUAA